AUCAGUGGGAGGGUGACAGGGAGCGCGACAGUUCCUCCGACUUCAGUUUCAGUGUGUCGGAUCUUCUGCCCCCAGAUUUGCAGAGAAGUCUAAUCGAAACGAUUUCUUAAAGGUAAUCCCUCCGGUACCCCGUUCUCUGCCACCUGCCAUGGGGCAUGUUGGGGGUAGAUGGCAGGAGGCUUCGGGCGAUUCUGAGGGGGAAGAUGGAGAUGCGGCUCCCUCUGGGGAGUCCGAAGACCCCUUGGAUGCCUGUAGCCAGCGGAGAAACAAUGCUGGCUUCUGGCUGCUCGGACUCUGCAACAACUUUGCUUACGUAGUGAUGCUGAGUGCAGCCCAUGACAUUCUCAGCCAUCAGAAGGUGCCAGAGCAUAAUGGGACUGGACCGAUUCCCCCCAGCCAUUCUCCAGAGAAUACCAGCACCAAUACUUCUCGUUAUGAUUGCAACACCAUUUCUACUGGGGCUGUACUGCUGGCGGAUAUUUUGCCUACUCUCUUCAUCAAAUUCAGUGCUCCUUUUUGCAUCCACUUGUUCCCAUAUGGCUUGCGUGUUGGCCUUUGUGUCAUCUCAGCUUGGGGCAGCUUUUUGCUAGUGGCCUUCUCCACCAGCACAACACAAAGCCUCCUGGGUGUUGUGCUUGCCAGUAUAUCAUCUGGUCUGGGAGAAAUAACGUUCCUGGCGCUCACAUCGUUUUUCAGCAGUGCUGUGAUAUCUGCCUGGUCGUCUGGAACAGGUGGGGCUGGCCUAAUCGGGGCCCUUUCCUACCUCGGGCUGACACAGGCAGGCUUGAGUCCUCAGGAUUCUCUCCUCUUUAUGACAGUUGUUCCUGUUAUCAUGCUGGCCAGCUAUUGCUUCCUGCUGGCUCCCCCCCCUCAGGCCCCUCGCUGUGGCUGGGGGGUCUGCAAGCCAAAAUCGCUCCAUGCCCCUUCUGUGGUUCAACAGCCUCUCCUCGGGGGCAAAAUGACACUUCCCCAAGUGACACAAAGACCUCAGCUCACCUUGCAGGAAAAAGAACAAGUGGUCAAGGGUCUUUUGAAAUACCUCAUCCCAUUGUCUGUAGUGUAUUUUGCUGAAUACUUCAUCAACCAGGGGCUGUUUGAAUUGUUGUAUUUUCGAAAAGCAGCUUUAAGUCACCCCCAACAAUAUCGCUGGUAUCAGAUGCUCUACCAGGCAGGGGUUUUUAUUUCCCGCUCCUCUGCCAGCUGCAUACGGAUCCGAAAGAUAUGGCUUCUGGCUGUGUUGCAGUGCCUGAACAUGGUGUUUCUCUUGGCUGCCGUGAACUACAUGUUUUUACCUAGCAUCUAUGUGGCUUUUGCUCUGAUAUUGUAUGAAGGAUUGCUGGGAGGAGCUGGCUAUGUGAACACUUUCCAUUGUGUCAGUGAAGAGAGCAAGCCGGAACAUCGGGAAUUUGCAAUGGGAGUUGCUUGCAUAGCUGACACUUUGGGCAUCUCACUCUCAGGGGCCGUUGCCAUCCCUGUCCACAACUAUUUCUGUCACCUUCCUUGAUGUCUGUUUUCCAGAGAGAUCAACAGAUGUUCUGGCACACCACACCUUUGUUCUUGAAUGGUAUGACACCGUCGUAAGGAGGCAAAAAUGCUGGAUUUUUAGUAUAGGCUGACCUCCAAGUGCAAGAAGAAAGGAACAUCAGAAGCUGCUAGGGAUUUAUCCUCUUGGCUUAAAUUCCCUGAACAUUUUGAUUUAGGGAAUUAGGUGGUUUUAACUGAGUCCAGCUGAGGUUUUGUUUUUUUCCCCUCAUAUUGUAUAGGAAUUGGCACGGUUAAGGGGAGAAGAAGCAGUUGCUGUUGGAUGGGAAUCACGUUAAAGAGUCCUCAGAGAUGUAACACUUUUACCAUAGCACAAGGUGAAAUGGGAGCAUUUCAGGAGAUGCCUCUCUCCAUAACUGGAUUAAAGAGAUGGAGAAAAGAGAUGCUAUGUUUAUCCUUCCACUUUAGGAGGAA